AUGGUUCAGAAUAUCAACCUCGGCGACACAGGUGACGACAUCAUGCCGCCGCCGCAGCCCCCGGAGCCCCCGGCGGCGCCCGGCCCGCGCCAGCUGGUCUACGUCUUCACCACGUGGCGCUCGGGCUCGUCCUUCUUCGGGGAGCUGUUCAACCAGAACCCCGACGUCUUCUUCCUCUACGAGCCCGUGUGGCACGUGUGGCAGAAGCUGUACCCGGGCGACGCUGUGUCCCUGCAGGGCGCCGCGCGGGACAUGCUGGGCGCUCUCUACCGCUGCGACCUGUCCGUCUUCCAGCUGUACAGCACGGCGGGCGCGGGCAGGAACCUCACCACGCUGGGCAUCUUCGGCGCGGCCACCAACAAGGUGAUCUGCUCCGCCCCGCUGUGCCCGGCCUACCGCAAGGACGUAGUGGGCCUGGUGGACGACAAGGUGUGCAAAAAGUGCCCGCCGCAGCGCCUGGGCCUGCUGCAGGAGCAGUGCCGCCAGUACCGCACGCUGGUCAUCAAGGGCGUGCGCGUCUUCGACCUGGCCGUGCUGGCGCCCCUGCUGCGCGACCCUACGCUGCGCCUCAAAGUCAUCCACCUGGUGCGGGACCCCCGUGCUGUGGCCAGCUCCCGCAUCAAGUCCCGUCACGGCCUGAUCCGCGAGAGCCUGCAGGUGGUGCGGAGCCGUGACCCCCGCAUCCACCGCAUGCCCUUCCUGGAUGCCAGCCACAAGCUGGGUGGCAAGAAGGAGGGUGGCGGUGGUGGCGGUGGCUCAGACUACCACGCGCUGGGGGCCAUGGAGGUGAUCUGCAGCAGCAUGGCCAGGACCCUGCAGACUGCCCUGCACCCACCAGACUGGCUGCAGGGCAACUACCUGGCUGUGCGCUAUGAGGACCUGGUGGUGGAUCCCAUCAAGACCCUGCGUCAGGUGUACAGCUUCGUCAACUUGGUGGUGAGCCCUGAGAUGGAGAAAUUUGCCCUCAAUAUGACCAGCGGGCCAGGCUACUCCUCCAAGCCCUUUGUGGUGUCUGCCCGCAACGCCACCCAGGCGCUGAGUGCCUGGAGGACAGCACUGAGCUACCAGCAGAUAAAGCAGAUUGAGGAGUACUGCCACCAGCCGAUGGCUGUGCUGGGCUAUGAGAGGGUCAGCAGCCCUGAGGAGGUGAAGGACCUCAGCAAAACGUUGCUCAGGAAACCGAGGCUGUGAGUGGGGCGCAGAGAGGUUGCGAUUAUCCACCCCAAGGGGUUGCAGAUCUGCUGACCCUGAGAGCUGAGCCCAUUGCAGGAACCAGCUGUGCUUGCUGGAGAGGGGGAGCGAGAGAGGGCAGCUUGGUUCUUCUGCUAGCUGGGGUAUGGCCGUUCCCCUAAAGACUGUGAGAGGGUAAUGCACGUUAACAUUUUUGCGUUGCCGGGUUAUAGACAAUUAAAAAAAGUGGAACUUAACAGUAUUUGUAAAAACCCCUUUCCCUGCUCUUGAAAUGCCGGGAGGAUUCGGUACCAAAAUCUUGUUUACAAACAGACAAUGGUAAUGACAGACUUACCUAAUUCCUGAGACACCUGUGCUGGGGACAGGAUGAUUUUGAAAGCAUAAUACCGAGAAUUGGACUUUUGUAUAAAAUAAAUGUUCCAGGGUGAUAUGAAUAAAGAAAAUAAUAAAUGA